UAUACCGUAAGCUCGGAUUACUCUUUUGCUCAUUAUGUGCUUUAUCUUAUAGAACGUGUCGCCUCAUUUCGUGCAAUGCGCUCGUUCACUGAAUCAAUCGAAUGCGAUUUACCACCUGCUCCCGAGUUGCCUGCGCAACUCGACAUCGAUCGCAUAUCGAUGAGGACAAGCGACACCAAUGAGACCAUCGUCGAAGUCAAACCAACGACGACCGUGGAUCCAUCCUUAGGUGAGACGCAGAAAUACAAAAUGUCUGUGCCUGGUCCGGGACAUUCUGAGCAGCCCCAUUACCGCUGGCUAGCAAUCCGUCGGGACUCCUUGUUCCUAGAAAUCAGAUGGUUUGCAGAGUGUUCGAGAAUGAAAUUCAAAUGUUUUCUUUCAGAUACGAUAGAGGUGAAGGAGGAGAAGAAAAUCAGAGUUUCCAUUCCUACGACAUCACGAAGGCGGAAAUCUGAUAUGCCAUACUCGGAUUUCUAUGGAAGCAUUUCCUCUCAGAUGCCUCCUCAGGUUCGUUUGUCACGAGGUUGCGUUUCGGGCCGAACAACGCCUCUAAACGACUACGAAGGCGAUAUUCUCGAGGAAAAUCCGCAGUACAAAAAUAAGGCUCCACCUCACCCUGUCGUUCAUAGAAGAACAAGCAUUGAAUGGGAGAACUUUGAAGAAGCAAAAGGUACAGUUUUUCAUGGCCUCAUUCUGGGAAAAUCCAUUGUUGCAAUUUGUUGUUUUUCUUUUCACGAGCCGAUGUUUUCCGAAGACAUGUCUGAAGAACGGAAACGCGCUUUGGCUGCAAAGUCUAUGCCCUCAGAAGAAUCCAAAGCUGAUCAGCCUCGUGCUUCCAACGGUCAUCAGGCAACGGACGAACCUGAAUCAGAGCUCGAAGCACCAGUACCCCACGUGGAUGCCACUCCUGCACCACCAACGGAUGCCACAACGGGUUACAUUUGGAAUUAUGAGACCCAGCAAUGGGAUGUGGACCCCAAUUACGACCCAAGCCAACACCAAACAGCCGAUUAUGCCUACCAGUAUGACGGUUAUAGACAAUCUUUUACUUCUUUUUUCAGUGCAACCGGCCAGGGUGAUGGCUACACCUACCCAGAAGGCACCUAUGAUCAGACCUAUGGCCAGACGUAUGCCUAUGACCAAAACGACACCUAUACAAUAACAGAUACCAGCGCUUAUGGUCAAGGAGCAAGUGGGUAUGCCGGCUACGACCAACACUAUGGAUAUGACCAAACCGGAACGCAUACUGGAUACGAGACAACGGCCAUUGCAUACGACCAACAGUACACUGAUGCUCAGGGGAACGGCUAUGUGGACCCCUCCUAUUACCAUGCUGGCUAUGACCAAAACCCUGUCGAAUACAGUGAACCUAGUGCUAGUUACGGUAGCAGUAGUGCAGCAGCAAGUGCAGGUGGAUAUGGUUACGAUCAGAGCGGGACGGAUUAUGGCAACUCGGCAGCUGCAGGACAAGCAACGUAUUCGACAUACCCUCAAGAAUACUCGACAGAUUACUCGAAUUACCAGUAUUCCACAGAGCAACCAGCCCAAGGUGAGCCUCAAUUUUAUGGUUCUUCCGUUUGUUUCCAGAUUAUGAAAAGUCUGGGUAGGAGAUGCUUUUCCUUUUCAGAUUAUUCUGGAGGUUACCAUGUUCAGUCACAGGCGAGUACCACUUCAGUCGCUACCACUCAUCUUCCUCCGCCACGACCUCCUCCAGCAGCUUCACCUUCACCUACGGCACCUCCACCGCGACCUGGUCCACCCUCACCGAGACCCCCAUCUCCGGCCAAACCGGCUGAACCAGAACCAGAGGAAGAUGCAUGGACACAGUUCAAGAAGCUAACAGAAAAGGUGACUGUCGCCGUCAAGUCAACAGAAGGCACUUUGAAGACUUUGAGCGAGACCACUGCGGUAAAGGAGAUAAAGGAUGAAAGCUAUUUGGGCCAAGUUGGGGGGACACAAGGUUACGUGGAUAACAUUGCACAGAAAGAAAUACAUCGUCUGGCAGAGCAAAAACAGCACGAGAAGAUGUUGAAGAAGAAAUUGAAACAACAAGGUAAAAAAGCUCCAUCCCCGACNUUUGACCCUGAUGAGGAAGCGAAUUUGGAUCGAGCAGCCCAGGAACUGGCGAUGAAAAUGGCAAGCAUGAGGACUGAUCUCGGAGUGAGGAGUCUUUUAAAACAGAGUUCGCUAGCCGGGGCACAGCAGGAUUCGGCCGGAUCAGUGGAGCAUGCUUCACCCCUUUUGGCCAACUUUCUCUUGGCACCAGACGAGCCAAAAGUAACAGCUCCAGCAUGGGCUGACUUUGAAAGCUCUGCUCCAGAACUGCCACCCAGUGAAAGUGGCUUCUUCAGCAAUAAGGACAGCAAUAAUGCCAAUGAUCUUUCAACUCAAGAUAGCUAUGAUCCGUUUAUUAUACCAACUCAGUUCAAACCUGAACGUGAUCCAUUUGCACCUCCGGAUAAGGAUCUCAUUGAUGAGGAAUAUGAUCCCUUCGCUGUCCAGCCAGCUGAAGACCUUUUGGCUGCUGCGAAAGCCAAAGCUGAACAAGCUCGUUUGGCCAAAGAGGCUAAUGACGAUCACUGGUUUUUUAGGCAGAGUCCCGAUCUUUCAACGCCAACUCCAGAAGGUGGUAGUCCAGUAACUAGCCCAACUCAUCGUCCUGACGCUUUUGAGGACGACUUCAAAUGCGAGGGUAUGGAUCUCGAGACGCCUACACCACUAUAUGACGAAGACGAUUCGGAACCUCUUACUGAAUUCGUACCGAAAUUCACUGGAGAAGGUUGGGAGCUAAUGGUCAGGCAUCCAUUGAAGAAGAAAACCUUCAUGGCAGAACGUUUUUGGAAACCAUGCUAUGUUCGUCUUCAGGGCAAUAAUCUCCUUGUGUACAAUGCCAAAACCGACAACAAACCGAUACAGGAACUUCUACUUCAAGCCAGCUAUUCACUUUCUGAUACGACACUGCAGGCAUAUGAUGUCUAUGGCAAGAUACAUACAGUCAAAUUGCAAUAUGUCUUGUACAAGGAAAAAGUGGGCAUUCGACCAGGACAAAUUUCUCGUCUCGUCGACGGACACAUCACCAAAUACGGUCUGCCGUUAGAACAUACCGCUCAGUGUACGGUAUUGCUGAAAUUCGGUUCGCUUACAUACGGUGAACUGCAGUCAUUCGUGACCACCAUCGAAGAUAUACUGUUCAAGUGUCCCGCAAAACGAGACACCAAGCCCGUAUACAAGCAGGAUGAAGUGCAGUCACCUCUGGCUUGGUUUCUUAUGAAAAAAUUAGAUCUUAGUCCGACUCUUCUGCCUGGCCUUCGUCACUGGCUCUCCUAUUCUGGAAAUCGGUCUGAACGAUCGAAGGAGACAAGGAAAGAUAUUCUGCCAAUGUAUACGGAACGAUGGAUUCGUUUUGAAGAGGUGGAAUUCCAUUCGACAGUCGACAAAGCCGCUUUCGAUAGUGAGCAUGUGAUUCGUCUCAGUCCACCUGAUGGAUGCUUCUUCGAGGUUAUGCGAUUCCGUAUCCGUCCACCAAAGAACAGAGAAAAGGCUCUAUCGAUCAAAGCCGUCAUGAAGAUUGCUGGGUCAAAGGUGGAGAUUCGCAUUGAGGCAAUGGCAGCAGCACAGAUUGAGAAGAGCCGAGGAGGAAAAAGUACACGACGACAAAUUCCCUGUGAAGAUAUUGCCAUCCGGUUUCCCAUUCCCGAGGCGUGGAUCUACAUUUUCAGGGAAGAACGGCAUUGGGGUGUGGGUUCAGUCCAUUCGAAAAAGUUACGGCCAGGGAAAGUCAAGAACCUGAAAGACCGGCUACUUGGUGCAGUUCAGUCCAAUGAAACAAAUCUCAUUGAAUGUGCAAUUGGAGAAGCCAAAUAUGAGCACGUCUAUCGGUCGCUUGUCUGGAGAAUUCCACGAAUACCAGAGAAACACCAUGCGGCUUACAAAUCACAUCUACUCAGAUGCCGUUUUGAAUUGUCAUCUUUCGAUUUGAUGCCCGAAGCAUUCCUGCCACGAUGUGAUGUUGAUUUUACCAUGCCAUUGGCUACAGUAUCCAAUACAGUAGUACGGUCGGUAUCGGUUGAACAACACGAAGAUUCCGAUCGAGUUGAGAAAUUUGUGCGUUACGUUGCCAAAUGCCAAUACAAGGUGGAAAUUGACUACGUACAGUGUGCUGAUCUCGAAGUCGAUACGUUGGAUCCGACAACGAAUCCCGACGAGGUCAUGAACACUGUGCCUGAACUACACCAGCCAGCCUUCCAACCGGCGGAAGUCGAACAGCUAUAUCGAAUUGAAUUCACUGAUGCUGAAGUGGGUCGAACUCAACAAGGAGACGAUUCGAGCUCGGAUGAUGACGAUGAUAAAGGCCAUAAGAUGCCAAUUAUUCAAAUAGACAUGAAGAAUUAUGGAUAUUAA